AUGAAGGCUCUGCGCAUGAGGGAGGAGCGAGACACCAUCGAGCACCCCAGCUUCACGCCAACAGGACCCCUUUGCUGGCUUAGAGAAAGCAUUUACCUUUGUGCGCCAGAAAGGGGGAAGCGUGUUGUGCAAUGCAACUACUGCCUGCCAGUGAUCAAAAUGAGCUCAGCGGUUAACUCAGCCACUAACUUGAGGAAACAUUUGGAGAGAGCACACCCUGGGAUGCUGAGAGUAAUCAGAAGUUUAAAAAAGGCAAAGAAGCGUGGCCUUACAGGCCUUGCUGCGGCCGCUGCAGUUGCUGCAGAUGUUGCUGCCGAGGGGCUUGCUGGCCAGAUGAAGAGGGCCACCCCAGGAGGAGCACAGACCACUGAGUCACCAAACCUUGCCGAAGCCCAGUCACGGGAGGACUCUAUGAAUGAAGAAGAGGCAGAGCAGCCACCCACAACCUCAGCUGCCCAGCAGCAGGAACCAUGCUCAGGCACAGAGAAGGAGCCUGCGCUUUCCUCAGAGACCAAUUCUGACGCUUCUGCCGAGGCAGGUACCAGCCAACCAGAGGCUAGGAUUCCACCAAUAAUCCACAGUGGCGAGUCGCAGACUGUUGAGACGCAACCACAUGAAGGCUCUGCGCAUGAGGAGGAGACGGAGACACCAUCGAGCACCCCAGCUUCACGCCAACAGGACCCCUUUGCUGGCUUAGAGAAAGCAUUUACCUUUGUGCGCCAGAAAGGGGGAAGCGUGUUGAUGCAAUGCAACUACUGCCUGCCAGUGAUCAAAAAUGUGAGCUCAGCGGUUAACUCAGCCACUAACUUGAGGAAACAUUUGGAGAAAGCACACCCCGAAAAACUGGGAGCAGGUGAAAAUGCAGGAAAGGGGAAGAAGCGUGGGUUUUUUGAAGAGCUGUUGGAUGAUGACGAUGACCCACCUUCAAUUAAGAUGUUGAAGCAACAGCAGCAGCAGCAGGCCACUCUUGAGAGGUGGGGAUCAGGCAAAGAGCAGAUCACCCAGAAGAUUCUUGACCGGAAAAUCAUGGAUUUCAUUGUGGACGAGACCUUGCCACUUCACACUGUGGACCGGCCAUCCUUUGUCGGGCUGGUCCGCCUCGGUCUGCCAAAGUGCCUCACCAUCAUGUGCUCCAAGACACUGAGGGACAGCAUCGAGAAGAGAGUGGCUAGUAUGCGGGAAAGACUCUUGAGGAGGCUGGGGGCUGUGGAAUAUGUGGCAACCACUGCUGAUUGCUGGGCGUAUGGCAAGAGGCGUUUCCUGGGGGUCACAGCCCACUGGAUAAGCUCAACGACUCUGGAGCGUGAGUUUGGGGCCUUGGCCUGCAAGCGACUGAAAGGGCGUCACACCUACAAAUCUCUCGAGAAAACGUUGUGCAAAGUUUACGCAGAAUACAAGAUCCAUGGCAAAGUUGUGUGCACCACCACAGACAAUGGCUUCAACUUUGUAAAGGCAUUUCGGUUUUUUGAGGCCAAGGAACCAGCAGAUGCAGCAGACACAAGUACAGAUGACAAUGAUGACAGUGACGAUGAUGAUGACGAUGAUGACAACGAUGAUGAUGACAACCGUCACUGUGAUGACAAAGAUACCGAUGAGGAGGAGACAGAGGUGGAGUUUGUACCCAUCUCUGAGAUGCUGAACGUGGGGAACAAGGCAAAAGAAGAAGCAGGGGACUCAGAAGAUUUUGGCUUGCCACCUCACCAGCAGUGUGCAAGCCACACCCUCAAUCUAGUGGCCACCCAAGAGGUCCAAGCUAUAGUUGCCGAGUCCUCCCCAAAUAGUCCUCUGGGUCCUUUCAGGAAACAUUUUUGUUCCUUGAUGGGAAAGUGCAGCAAGCUAUGGGCCAGGCAAGAGCAGUCGGAACAGGUGGCGGAGUACAUCCACAAGCAAUACGGGGUGUAUCUGAUGGUGCCGGACAAGACUCGGUGGCACUCCACUUUUGAGGCCCUGAAGCAGCUAAGUGAUCUCCUCUCGAGUGUGCCACUGAAACUGGAAGCCAUCAUGGACCAGUGUUCACUGGAGAGAAUCACACCAGCCGAGGCUUUGGCUCUGCAGGAAUACACAGAGGUCAUGGGGCCACUGGCCCAAGCCCUUGACAUCCUGCAGCAGGACAGUGGCAUGUUCAUGGGGUACCUGCUUCCCACUCUCUACAACCUGGACCGCAAGCUCCAGGGCUUGGAGAAGGAGUCUGGCAGAUACACCUACUGUCUUCCCCUCUUGAAGGGGGUACGGAAAGCCCUCCGACAACGAUUUGCACAUAUCUGGGAGGACAAGAAACUUCUGCUGGCGGCCUGCCUGCACCCUCGCUUCAAAGUAGACUGGUUGGAAUCAGCCCAGAACGCCCAGGCAAAUAGGUACAUGAUGGAAGCCUUGUUGAAAGCUGAGAUAAAGGGCACAGUUGAAGAGGCCAGGGAAUCAUCUUUGGAGAAAGAUCCAGAAGAAGUCAUUUUGGAAGAGGACUUCUUCAACAUCCAGCCCCAGGGCAAGAAGUCGGCCAACGAGGACUCUGUGGACGAGGAAGUGGCAAGGUACCUGAAGUCCCCCAGCAGAGAGGUGUCCUUGCUCCAUGCCUUUCCCCAUGUCAUGCAGAGUUUCCUGCAGUACAACACCGGGAUGCCUUCGAGUGCAGCCAUCGAACAGCUCUUCAGCACAGGCGGCAAAGUCAUGACUGUCAAGAGACACUCCUUGUCCGAUGAGCUCUUUGAGCAGCUGGUCCUCCUGAGGCAGAAUAGGGCGGUAUUUUAAAAACAGCCUUUUAGGGUUUUUUUUUUCUUUUUUGAGUUUUAAAAUGAAUUAUGUGCAUUGCUCUGGGGAAUUGAUACUUGGAAGGUGGGGGUGGGAAGGACUGGGCAUAUUGUUAUGCCAUUAUCAAAUUAUUAAUCCUAUGGAUAAACUUGCUACUCAGUC